UUGGCAGAAGUUCGGCGCAAAAUAGAACGUGAGCUUCGGCAGAUUGACCAAGGGAAGCUGAACAAAGCUCCGUUGAGGGGGUCCCUUCUGCGCACCUACGUGGCUCACAUAGUCACCCGCUCUGCCGUAGAAGUGGGCUUCAUGACCGGACAAUAUGUUCUGUAUGGGUUUCGACUAAAUCCGCUGUACAAAUGUGAGCGUGAGCCCUGCCCCAAUUCGGUGGAUUGCUUUGUAUCUCGUCCCACUGAGAAAAGCGUUUUCAUGGUGUUCAUGCAAUGCAUAGCUGCCAUCUCACUGUUUCUCAACAUCCUAGAGAUCCUCCACCUGGGCUACAAAAAGCUUAAAAAGGUUAUUUUGAACUACUACCCGCAGCUGAGGGAUGAUCCUGAUGACAGCUACUAUCUCAACAAGCUGAAGAAAGAUUCUGUGGUCCAUCAGACGUGCAUCGGGACCUCAACUGGCCGCAAGGCCACCAUUGCAUCUGCACCCAGUGGAUACAACCUUCUGCUCGAGAGACCACCUGAUGGAACCGUCUACCCCCCUUUGAUCAACCCAUCCUCUGCUUUCUUGCCCGUUCAGGGUGAUUUGCCUGCUAAAAAUGGUUCUGAUGCACCAAAGUACUCACAACACAGUCCCACAGAGCACAACAGCAAUUCCAAUAACACCAGCAGUGACACGCGCUCGCCACCUUGCAACUCCGUCACGCCGCCAAAGCAAGAAGAGGGGGAAGAUUCUGUCCACCCACCACCUUCGCACAAGAAAGGGCAGGAGUCCAAGACUCCAGACUCAUCGAGCCACCACAGAGAAUCUUCUUACUCAUCAUCUGGCAUUGGAAAGAAGCCAUGGAAGGCCAGCGCAUCACGGAACUGCUCAACGGUUGUAGAAGGCAAUGGCUCAGACUCGGAUUCCCUGGAAGGCGCUAAAGCCCGCUGUCCCUACGCCGCUGUGCGGGCACGUACUUUGUCCAGGUCCGAUUCCAAGCGGAGCAGGCCCACCUCUCCAGAUUCAAUAGAAGAAUCCAGCUCUGAGUCCCGGCAUAGUCCACGAGCAUCACCAAGCCAUCGCGCCUCAUUGGCCAGCAGUUCCAGUAGCAGGCGAGCUGCUCCCACAGACUUAAAGAUAUGAGAAAAACUCACAGAUGGUAACCAUAUAAUUUUUGUAGCCAUAAAUUGAUAGAAAUGGACCAGAGUGACUGUAAGGUUAACAUCUACAGCUUUGAUGUUAGCACGGAAGCAAUCUCAGACUGAAAUUUUAUAUUCAACUUUAUAGAGUGGUAACACUCCUUAUGGAUUGUUUACACUCUCAUUUUAUACAUAUCAAUUCAGCAGUACACACUGACAGUAUACUUAAUUAACAAUAGUAGUAUGACUACAAUACAGGAAAUGGAUUGUGCGUUUGAUUAUGUAUGCCUUGUUCUCAUCUGGACAUUUCUCUUUUUAAGUGCUUCUUGCAACAGAAGUCAAAAUGGUGUAAUGGUUAAAAAAUCCCAAUUUAACAACAUAGAGCUGAAUUUAGAUCAGCAGUAAAAAAAGAUCGGCAAAAAAAGCAAAUAUAUUGUAAAAAACACUGUUAUAUCUGCAUGUCUUAUUACAGCUAAAUAAACUGAUCUGCAAUCAAGCCAGAUUGAAAAUGUAUUUGUAAAGUCAG